AGGAGGAGGAGGAGGAAGAGGAGGAGGGGGAGGAGGAGGAGGAGGUUCGUAACCAGCAGCAGCGGAGUCUGUGUACAUGUCGGUGCAGGUGUGCUGCCUGUCGUUCCGCCAGCCGUACGCCGGUCUGAUCCUGGACGGUGUGAAGACGGUGGAGAGUCGCUGGAGGCCCCUGCUGGCUCCGCUGGAGAACCAGACUCUGGCGGUCCACAUCGCUCAGAGGGACUGGGAGGGGGAGGAGUGGCGGGCGGUGCUUAGUGGACCGCUGGGGAUGAACCGGGCUCAGAUCCAAGCGCUCCGGGAGUCCGGGGAGAGGUUUGGCCGCGGCGUGGUGGCAGGAUUGGUGGAUGUGGGCGGGACCUGGCUAUGCCCCGCCUCCCUACAGGAGGAGGAGCUACAGCCGCUGGAGCGGUCGGCCGUUCUGAUUGGUCUACAGGAGAAACACCUGACUCACUUGUCCAACCCUCGCUGGUUGAAGCAGCCGCUGAGCGCUCGAGGAGGUCGCGACCUCUGGACUGUGGAGAUCCCCGCUGAGCUGUUGCCAUGACGACAAGUUUCACACGUUCACUGUUUGAAUGAUGGUGUGAUUUACGAUCAGCUGAUCCUUAAAGUCGACCAAUCAAAUGUUUAUUUUCUUAAUAAAUUCUUAAUAAAUUUUCA